AUGUCGACGACCGAUGAGCACUUAAGAGCACAGCUCUUAGCCAGCAAGUCGCUCCCUGUGUCCCCAACGUGGAUAUCCAAUUUCCUAGCAUCCAUCCCCCAGAACCAGCAGCGAGCUCCCCUCUCAGCAUUAACGCAGACGGCGCUAUUCCGUAUCCUUACCUCUGAUUUUACAAAUUCUCUGUCGACGUCAACGACUCCAUCGGCAUCACUCCCCAGAGACAUCAGCGAUCCAGCGGUUAAAGAACGGCGCAUUUCGGGGCCAGUGCCCGUUCAAGUUCUUGACAUUGAAGAUAUUGGGACCAGUCUGUGGUUUCGGAUUGAGAAAAUAGAGCAAGUUGAGCGAGGAGAAACUGUUCGAGGCAGGGAAAUAGUAAGAAAUGUGGACGUGGAUAACGUCGAUACCGCUGAAACCACAUCCAACGCGUUGAGGCCGACAGGGAACAAUAACAACAGUAGCAGCAAUACCACAGGCCAUGGACCGCAUCGUCUGAUCCUACAAGAUGCGCUUGGUACAAAGGUUGUUGCAUUGGAAUAUAAAAAUAUCAAUGGCAUUAGUAUCGAUAAACUUUCGAUCGGGGCAAAAUUUAUCCUGAGGAAUGCCAUUGUGGCAAGGGGAAUGGUCCUCUUGACCCCUGAGACUGUUACUGUGCUAGGAGGAAAAAUUGACGUGUGGGACACUACAUGGCGAGAGAAGAGAAAGGAAGUUCUGUUAGCAAAAAUCGAAGCUUUACACGCAGAGGAAAACGGGGCUUCUACUGACGGAGAUGCCAUGGAAGAAUGA